UAUAUAUUAGCCACACAUCAGAUCUACAUUCAUUUGCAGGAGCUCAAGUUCCUUACACUCAGGAAAUUUAAGAAACAAGUUGCUAGAUGGCAGCAUCAACAAGUGCAGAAAUUCAAGAAGCAAAUGAAUCUCAAAACAGAGAGUUAGUGCUUCAAAUCACACACAUGCUAGACACCGGUGUCAGAGGUACCUCUGAGCCUCCCUUCUCUCCCUUAUCACCUGAAUUUUGUAUCUACAAGGUUCCGCAAGAUCUUCGCAAAUUGAAUGAUAAAGCCUACACUCCUAUGUAUGUAUCAAUAGGGCCUUUUCAUCGUGGCAAGAAAAGAGUGGAAACUAUGGAAAAUCUUAAAGUGAAAUAUUUUAAGAUGUUUCUGGAAAAGGCUGAUCUAAACCUGGAGAAAUUAGUAAGCACUAUAAGGGAUGGGGAGGAAAAGGUUCGUCGUUAUUAUGCAGAGACUAGCACAAUUACCAGUGAUGAUUAUGUGAAAAUGAUCCUGCUGGAUGCAUGCUUCAUUAUUGUGGCUUUCUUGAUCUUCUACAUGCCUACAGAAAAAGGAUGGGAGUGUGACGAAGAGGAUACAAUAUUAAGGUCAAAUUUGAGGCAUGACUUGUCGUUGAUUGAAAAUCAACUUCCUUUCUUUGUUAUUGAUGGAUUAUUUAACCUUGCAUUUGCAUCUUACUCAGACUACCCUACCUUCACUUGGCUUGCCUUUAGAUUCUUUAAUUGUUACAACACUCAAAAAAUGUCUCCCAAUCCAAAUUUGAAAAUAAUGCACUUCGUUGAUUUGUUAAGAACAUUUUUUCUACCCCAACAUGAUAAGCUACCAAAAAGAAACCGUGGCCAAAGAGUUGAGCAUUUGUACACUGCGAGCCAGUUGCACGAGGCAGGAGUGAAGUUUAAGGUGAAUUCAAGCAAAUGUUUAUUUGACUUAAAAUUCACAAACGGAGUGCUGGAAAUACCAUGCAUUCAACUAAAAAAUUUCACAGAGUGUUUCUUUCGAAACAUCAUAGCCCUGGAGCAAUUUUACUAUCCUCGGGAUCGUUAUGUUUCCGAUUAUAUUUGCAUAUUGAAUUUCCUUAUUGACACUACCAAAGAUGUGAAUUUACUUGUGCAAAAAAGGAUUCUGGUUAAUGUUUCAGGCGACAGCAAUACAGUAGCAACUUUGGUCAACAAUCUCGACAAGCAUGCUUCUGUUUUAAACACAAACUUUGAUUAUUGUCGUCUUUGUGAAGAUUUGAAUGCAUUUUAUGAAGAUCCUUGGCAUAGUCGGAAGGCUACCUUGAGACGUGAUUAUUUUAGCAAUCCUUGGAGGACUACUGCUUCCAUAGCUGCUAUUAUCUUGCUAGUUCUCACUUUGAUACAGACUAUAUGCUCUAUUAUCUCAUUACCAUCAAUCUGAAGUUUGUGUAAUUCUAAUAGUAUUAGAUUGCAUUGUAAUAACAUUUUAUUGUUCCAUUAUUUUUAUUGUUUUAAGAGUCUUAAGG